AUGUCGCUGAAUAUCGGACAAGUACUCAGGGGCCGCGCUGCAUUCUAUCAUGUUACUAAAGUUGUCAAAACCCCCACCGUCUUCCAAGCCAAAGUGGUGCCCUUCGAGGCACCUGAAUUGACAGAGCUGCCAACCCAGCUGGCCAUGAUAAAAACAUUUCCUCGUGGCAAACCGAUGGACCAGUAUAAUCGCGAGCGUCGGACUUACGCAUUGCCCAGCAUCUCCCAAUCGCCCUAUAUUCGGGGUCUGUUAGAUAUUAUUGGUCACGACGCCGACGACUCUCAAAACGAAUCUUCUCAGCCUGAUUUUACAUCCCAGAAAGAUGUUCUAAAUCAGGCGCAAGAAAAUCAGCCUCAAUGCAUGGUGUUUGAGUGGAUGGACACUGAUCUGUGGCAGCUACCGUCACAGCCAUUCAGGUCCGGUUCACCAUUACCUCGCAUAGUAGCGCGGUCCGUCCUUGAAGCCCUCGUGGUAUUUGAUAACGAAGACGGCGUUCAUGCGGAUGUUAAUCCCAAUAACAUAUUUGUUUCGAGCGCGGGUGGGCCUUCGCCCUUAGUCAAGCUCGGGGAUCUAGGCGUUGCUGUGGGAUCUGGCCCUAUGAAAAUACGUUACCAGGGUCUACAUAUCCGUGCACCAGAGGUCUGGAAGAAUAUUGGUAUAACGCCAAAGGCCGAUAUAUGGAGUCUUGGCGUCACUUUGGCUCACUGGAUGGCAUCGACAGUCAUCUUUGGUCCGAGUGGCAAGACAAUUGAAGGCGAAACAGAAGCUUUUUGUAUCGCAAAGAUGAUGCGGCUGAUGGGCCCACUGGGAGAGCCUGACCAAGCUAAUCAGGACAUUGUCGAUGAAUUCCACGUUGCUCAGUUUCUUGAGCAAUCAACUUUUAUCCGGCCAGAGACUGGCAAAGAAGAGCAGUAUGUCAAAGCCCGCAGCAUUCGACAGGAGCUAGAGGCUAUAUCAGGCAUUGAAAAGGGCUGCAUUGACUUCAUUCUGAGUCUUCUCGUUGUCGAUCACACUAAACGGCCAAGCGCUAUGGAGGCGCUUAGGCACCCGUGGCUGCAGGAGACUACCAUUGAAGAUGAACUGGAUUGAUGUAUGUAUAGCCUUCAUUUCUUCGUGCGACGCUUUUGAUUAUGUUGCGUUCCUCUUAUACUCUGUAUGUCUACUUGCAACAUCAAUGUAACCCUCGUCGGACCUGGAGCUACUUAUGAGUAGACUUUGUAUCGUCUCUGCGAUGAGAUGUAGAGUACCAUCGGGAAAAGCAAAGCGGAUAGUGUUGCAGUAAUGGAGUGGCUUCGAGAUCCAAAGAGUGGUGUUGAUUGGGAUGGGCUGAGAAGUUCGGUUUUGAGACUGUGGUGGAAGUGCGUGUGGGUCUUGCAGGAGGGUUUAACUAGCGAUAGGAGGAGAUUGAGAUUUGAUUUUGGGAGGAAGGGUAUUCCGACGCGCGAUCUUGAGAUGGGGAUUUAUGCUACUUGGUUGUGUAGAAGAGGGGACGAAGAGCUUCUUAGGAGGGAGGCGAAUGAAGCUGGCUUGGACCGUCGACGAAUAAGGCGGUGGUACCACGACCGAAUUGGAGAAAUGGGAUUUAUUGCUAUACUAGCCCACGUGGGGAUAGCGGAGUACCCAGCGCAGAGGAUUGCAUCUGCUCUUUACUCAGCGUAGUAACGGACGCUUAUCGAGUUUCUCAAUUUCACUCCGAUUCCAACGUAGAAGAGGUAUAUAUAAAUCUUGUGAGAGCUUUUUUACAGCUGGAGAAUUAUGACAAUUCGGAUGUCUUCUUACUCAUCUUUUCGAUCACGGGCCUGGGCAUGGUGAGAGUGGAGCAUGGAAGGGUGAUUGUGGUGGUUGUAUUAUUGAGGUGUGAUGUCCCUCUGGUACUGAGGAAAGGUCAGAUAAUUGGGCCUUCUUUUUUUGGCAUGGUGGGAGAGUGCUACUUGAUGGGUUUCUGAAUGCCGAGGCCUUGGAUGAAGUGAGAGGUCUCACGAAGAGAGCAUUAAGGAUUGUUGAGGUAAUGGUGUGAAUUAUACCACUACUUACAUGACCUUCGAGGU